AUGGCUUCAAACUCCACUUUCGUUUUCGCCACGGUCCUCCUCCUCUGCCUCCUAAACACCACCGUCUCCGGCAGAGAUCCCCUGGUGGAAUCAACCAACAUAGCGGCAAGGCUCCAAAGUGGAGGACUAAUGGAGUGUUGGAACGCAUUGUACGAGCUGAAAUCAUGCACUAACGAGAUCGUUCUCUUCUUCCUCAACGGAGAAACCAAACUCGGUGCUAGUUGUUGCGACGCCGUCGACGUCAUCACGACCAAUUGUUGGCCGGCGAUGCUCACUUCCUUAGGAUUUACGUCUGAAGAAACUAAUGUCCUCCGCGGCUUUUGCCAGAAUCCAAACCCCGGCGGCUCUUCUCCGGCUCCUUCUCCUAAUAAAGCUUGA